AUGGCUCGGCUGCAGCCUCUGCACCCCGGACUGGGACCGCUGGUGAUCGGCCGGCGGCCCCACACGGCUCCUGGCGUCCUCACGUCCACCAGAGGACGGACAGGAGGAGGAUUAAAGCAGACGCGUGUCCACACUGACAGAGGUGAGGUUUUAUUUUUGGAUUAUUUUGUAGUUUUCUGGAUUUUUCUUUAAAUAACACAAAUUAAUUUAUAAUUUAAUGAUGUUUGUUUUUGAAUCAGUUUUUACAUCGCCUAAACUUGAGCUCACUUAAACUCUGAAUCUCAUGAACGUCACCUUAAAAGAUUAUUUACUACUGAGUCUGGACCUUUAAGACUUCAUGUAAGUGUGUUAAACUAUGUUAAGACUCCUCUGAGUGUGUAUUUGACUUGAUUUUAUGCACAGAUCCAUCAUUUCAUGUUGUUUUUGUUCGAGAAACUCCUAAAUUAUAUUUCUCUGUUCACUCACUCAGGUUGGCAGCUCCCCUCCCAGCAGGGGGCGCCUCUGAUCUCUGACAGACUGGAGGACGUGAAGUCGGCGUUCAGGGCCGUGGAUCCUGACGGGUCAGGUCUGGUGACCAAAGAGGAUUUCAGACGGGUCCUGCAGAGUCUGCUGCCCGUUUUCCAGAAGCAGCUCCAAGAAGUGGUCAACCAGGUGAGCGGGGAGGUCAAAGGUUUCACGCUUUCCAUCAUUUUCAUUGAGCGCUCCUCCACAGUGGAUUCAUAUUUGAUCACUCAGUCCGUUUCCACGACACUCGAGAAAACCGAAUUAUCGCCUUAUAAGACCAGACAACUGAAGGUCAUGUAAACACCUUAGUCCGACUAUAAUCAGAGUCUGAUUAAGACACCCAGACAAUGCAACUGGAAUUCGAUUUUCUCUACCAUGUAACCAGCGUAGUCGGCGUAUGAUCGGACAAUGCAUGUGCACGUUCGCCAUGCCCCCAUAAACCCGGAACAAAAACACCAGAGUAGAGGAGUAGCGUUGGUCUCAUCUUUAGAAAAAGUAGCGCGUCCAUCAUGUCGGACAAAAACAACGCUGUACGAUGCUCCAUCUUCUUGUUUCUCCAAAAUACCCAGCAGCAGUUGUAGACACUUCUGACGUCUGACACCGACCUGCUGUUGUUGGAGAAGAGAUAGAGAGAAGUCCGAUUUCGGGGGAAAAAAAACUAAUUAUAUGCUUAGUCCAAUUAAACUGUGCAUGUAAACGCACCAACUGACUCGAGGUUUUGACCAGGACAUUUUGGCACUGUGGGUCUUCAGCUCGUCUGUAUUUUUCCGGUUUGUUUCUCAUCUUCUUCUCGACAAACAUCCCACAGAUUCUUGAUGUGUUGGUGGUUUUGGCGCUGUGGGCAGGUACCAGGUCCUGCUGGAAAAGGAAAUCUGUAUCAUGAAAAAGUCCGUAGCAUCAGUCCAGACCAGGAACCUGAGAGAUGAGGGAGGUCAGGGACACUCAGAGAGAUCUGGUUGGUAACUCUGAUCUUCCUAAAGACUCUGGGACCAGGAUUUCCAAAUGAGAUGCCAAAUGGACUUUAAUCAGGACCCAGGAGCAACAGUCCGGCUCUUACUGGGCCUGAGAAGUGAACCCUCUUAUUUCUGGCGCUGUCAUGUGAAAUAUGAACCAGCAGGUGGCAGUAGAAGCCUGGUUUUGCCUCGUCUGUGUGGCUGACAUUGAUAAAUGAAGCUGUGUGGCCGUGGAGACCGGUCAGAGGAGAAGUGAAUCUGGCAGCUGUUAAAGCAGACGUUAUUUGUUUGCACCUCUGUUGCGUUGGCUGGGAUCAGGUUUUUUCCUCUGAUCCGGCGCACACACUCGGUCUCUGCUGUGUUUUCACUCAUGAAUUCCUCUGCAGGCUGAAGGUGUUCACUGAAAAGGAAAGAGUUUAAAACUCCUGUUGGGGCUGCUUCUCAGUCCAUGAGGCCUUGUACCGAGGUGCUUCUUCUCCUGGCACUGAUCAGUCAAGCGUGCACCUGUGUGGUGUGUUCAGGGUCCAAGCACAGUGCUGUAAUCCCCCCCUCUUCCUUCCUUCCUCCCUCCUCUUCAUCUGUGCGCACGCUGCCUCUGUCACUCGGCGGCGGCGGCGUCUCUGUAAUCGUCUCCACUGUUCCUCUUUGUUCCGUCUCAGCGCUCACGCCUGACAGUUUGACUGCCUGUCUUUCCCACACAGAUUUCCACCCAUAAUAUCAGCACUUUGUCUCCUCCACCCCCCGAAAACACACAACCCCACGCAUCCCUGCACCCCCUCCCGCUCAGCCUCCGCCUCAUUCAUUAAGGAUGUGUGUGUGUGUGUGUGUGUGUGUGUGCGCGCGCUCUGCAGAGUUGUGCAAAGUUUACUUUAAAGGACGAUCAGCGGAGUAGCAGCUGUUGUUCUGGUGACAUUUUGAUGUGGAAGUUGCUUUGUGCUUCAGGGAGCGAGGUGCCACCCACCCCCUACUCCUUCUUCUUCUUCUUCUUCUUCUCCUUCUUGUUCUUGUCCUUCUUCUUCUUAUUUAUUUUUCUAUCUGGUUUUGCUCAUGACACAUUUCGUUGGAGUUUAAUCAAAAUUAUCCUGCACUGAUAGUGGUUUAGCGAGUAAAAACAAAGUCACUUGGAUAGCUUGAGCUGAAACGGUGAUGUGGUCGAUUUCUAAAAACAGACUUUGGCUCCAAACGAGUCCAGAAAGAUUUAAAGUUGCUUCAGUCUGCAGCUAUAAAACCGUCUAACACCAGGUAGAAACGCUGCAGCUUAAAUUCCUCUGAUGAAACUAUAGAGUAAAAGUUCUUGUUUUUAUCACCAACAGAAAUUAGGAUUAAGAUGUUAUUAAAGGGGAAUCGUUCAUUUUUUAUUGAAACUGAUACCGUUACUGAGACCCCUUAAUAAUUCAAGUCCUUAUCGAUACAGACAUCGAGCCUUUUCUGUUAUUGUCUCUCUUCAAACUUCAUAUUUUUUCACCAAAAUGUUUUUCUGCAUAUAAAAUAUUCACUAUUGAGAAUCAAUUUGACCGUCAAAAGUCAGCUGGACGAGAUGUUUGCAACUUAAGCAUGACAAGAACAGAUGGUUUUGUCCACAGGGGGGCGCCAAAAUGUACACAAGCAGGAGCUUUAAUUAAAACAAUGUGACUUAACUCAGAGUUUAGUGUUAUUUCAGAGGACUAAACGAAGUCAACAGCAGAUUAGCUUUGAUGCUGUUACUAAUUUUCAGCUGAUUUUUUAUAUUCAGUUUGGAGCCGUUUAAAUAGUUCAAAUUUAUGCCUAAAAGGGUUAUUAUCACUGACAAGCAUCAAGUUAGUGUUUGGCAUCAAAACAGUGUUGGUAACUCUGGUUUUAAACAGGGUUUUCCUUUAAUACAGACUCUUACCUUGUACGUUUUUUUUACAGCUUUCAAGGCUUGACAGUACGACGGUUUCACUCACAUUUCACACUCAUAUGUGUUUGUAAAAUGCAUUUAGGGUCACGCGCGCAUAAAAAGAAAUCAGUCGAGUUUUAGGUUGGAUAUAUUUUCCUGUAAAUACGGCGGUGAAGUUAGUUUUAGGUUGGAUAUAUUUUCCUGUAAAUAUGGCGGUGAAGUUAGUUUUAGGUUGGAUAUAUUUCCUGUAAAUACGGCGGUGAAGUUAGUUUCAGGUUGGAUAUAUUUUCCUGUAAAUGCGGUGAAGAUAGUUUCAGGUUGGAUAUAUUUUCCUGUAAAUACGGCGGUGAAGUUAGUUUCAGGUUGGAUAUAUUUUCCUGUAAAUACGGCGGUGAAGUUAGUUUUAGGUUGGAUAUAUUUUCCUGUAAAUGCGGUGAAGUUAGUUUCAGGUUGGAUAUAUUUUCCUGUAAAUACGGCGGUGAAGUUAGUUUCAGGUUGGAUAUAUUUUCCUGUUAAUACGGCGGUGAAGUUAGUUUUAGGUUGGAUAUAUUCUCCUGUAAAUACGGCGGUGAAGUUAGUUUCAGGUUGGAUAUAUUUUCCUGUUAAUACGGCGGUGAAGUUAGUUUUAGGUUGGAUAUAUUUUCCUGUUAAUACGGCGGUGAAGUUAGUUUUAGGUUGGAUAUAUUUUCCUGUAAAUACGGCGGUGAAGUUAGUUUUAGGUUGGAUAUAUUCUCCUGUAAAUACGGCGGUGAAGUUAGUUUCAGGUUGGAUAUAUUUUCCUGUAAAUACGGCGGUGAAGUUAGUUUCAGGUUGGAUAUAUUUUCCUGUAAAUACGGCGGUGAAGUUAGUUUUAGGUUGGAUAUAUUUUCCUGUAAAUACGGCGGUGAAGUUAGUUUCAGGUUGGAUAUCUGACGGACAUUCUCUGAGGAUCUACCGGUGUCUUCUCACUCUCCAUAACCGGGAAUAACAACAGCAGCGCGGUUAAAUCUACUCGACACCCUCACUGUCAACGUCGGUGUUGAAUAAGGGACCGUCAAUAAAUUACUGGUUGAUGUUCUCAGAAAAGGCUGUUUUCCUUCAAUAGCUUCACUGUCAUGUGACCAAAAGACCUAAAAUUGAUUUAAAACAGUACUUAAGUUGACCAAUAAGACGAACAUUAUUGGAUCAUUUUUGAUUGUGCCCUUGUGGUUCUUUGUGUGCUUCUUACUUUUCCAACUUAGGAGCAGAUGCGCUCCUUCUUAAAAAGGAGGUGUCAAACCCCGGCUUUUAUUUUUGCUACAUCUGCAGAUUCAGAAUUAUCUCCUAAAACUAAUGAAACAGAAGAAAAUUAGAAACUUAAAUCUAAACCGAUUCCAGGAUGUUUUACAGCCUCACCGACCUCCGUUUUACCUUCAACCUGAAGCUGACCUGCAGGUGUUUCCACGCUGUCACAGGUAUGUAGAGCACAGACCCCCCUCCUCCCUAAAGGUGGAGGCUGUGUGUUACGCUCUGCUGCUGCUGAUAGCUGUGAUAAUUGGACGGGUGGUGUCUAUAAUAAGACUGAACGCUGGGAGCUCCGCUGGGACUGCUGCACUGGAUUACACCAUGAAGGAUGUAGGGCAGGGCAGCAGGGACUCUGCUUUGAUUAUGAGCCACCAAAAUAGGUAUAAAACACGUCUCUGAGUGUGUGUGUGUGGUUUCAGAAACUGGUGCUCUGAUUGCGUGUGUUUGGGCAGGUGCCAGCUCUUAAAUGUGUUUGUUCAAACACGUGUGUGUGAAAAAUCAGCACAAGGUCAGAACAAAAGCAGGCGUCUGGAUUCCCCAGGUGAGCGGAGCACCUAUCUGAUUCCCUCGACCGGCCUCGUCCUGAAAAUUACUGCUCAACCCACCUGAUGCCAGACAGACGCAGCGCUGCACUGAUUUCUGUACCGUGUCUGCCGAGACGCCAUUAAAACCGCCAUUAUCACAGAGACUGCGCUGGGAUGUUUUUAGAAGUUCGGAGCGUUUUUUAAAUCAUGUGAAUCUGUUGAUUUUAGAGCUUCGAGUUUACGGUCUGGCUGUUGGUAUGUUGGUUUCCUGGCUACAGGAAUGCCCAUAUUUGGAUCCAGAAAGUCGAGUCAGGACUUCCUCUAUCAAAGAGAGUAAAAUAUUUUCAGCAUGGCUCUGUUUGGAGAGCUGGUAGGGGCAGGAGGAGCAGCAGCAAAGACGUCUGACUUCAAGGUAAAAAUUAUGACCAAGUUUUCUCUGCAGACAGUAUCGACGCUGAGUUGGGGAGGAUGAGUCAGUCAGGAAGGACUCGGCUCUGAAGAAAUGUACCUUUUAUUUCUAUAAUUCAGGGAAAAUUCAGUUUGUACUUCAACUUUUUUUAACCUUUUAUUUGCCUGUGAUGUUCACUCAGCAGGUUACUACUCUGACAGCCCUCGAACCUUUAACCAUCAUCUAUCAUCAUUUUAAUUUAACGCACUCAGGUCGCUUUCACACCAGAGCUGUUUGGUCCGCUUUAAAAGGACCAGAGUUCGUUUCCUCGGACAGUCCGCUUCCUUUGGGCAGGUGUGAAAGCUCAUCCGAACUCUGGUGCCGAUCAAACAAGCGAACUCUGGUCCACCUGAAAACGUGGGUCUCUGUUCGCUUGCAAGUGAACCCUGGUUCAGUUCAUAUGCAGUGUGAAAGCUCACCGGACCAAACACAGGACCAAAUGUACGUAAUGAUGCUAUAUGCAGUGCAUCCUGGGUAGAGGAAGCAUAGCAACAAGUGAAGCCGACAUUAGCAGUUGCUUAUUUAAACAAAAUCAAAUCAGAACUCCCAACAGUCACAGUUCUUAAACUCUGAGUUUAGAAAAAUAACAGGAUCAUUCCCUGACAAGCUAUGAUAGCAUCAUAGGAACAUUUGUGUUCACUAACGUUGUAGCGUUCCAUAAAAUAAUGUGAUGAAGCACGAUAGAAGACGGCUAGUCCACCCCUGUUGGUAAUCCGUGAGGUUACAAACCCCUCCUACUUUGUCCAAUCGGUGAGCGCCCCUUUAACCACGUGAUGCUGCUUGGAAAGUUCGGUGCCCUUUAGAAAUCACAGCGUGAAAGCAGAACCGAAACAAGCGAUAAAUGCGACAAUGUUGAGACUUGAUCGAACCGAGUCCGCUCGGUCAGAUGUGAAAGCGACCGAACUUUCUGUGCGUCUUUCUUUGUUUCUGCUGCAGGUGUGUGAGAGCAGCUCUGAGACCGUAGACUACGUCCAGUUCCUGAGGAGUUUGAGUCGAGCUCCGGCGGUCCGCAGAGCCUCCAGCAGCAGCAGCUGCAGAGUGAGGUAAAGACUCUCGGCUGUGUUUUAACAGCAGCAUCUGAACUGCUCUGACUCUGAGGGUCUGUGUUUCUGUCAGGUGUGGUCCACAGAGCUCCUCCAGGUCUCUGACGGAGAUACAGAAGUGUCUCAGAGAAAAGGUGAGCGCCCUCUGCUGUCCACUUUAACUUUUUUUUCAACAAAUUGACUCUUAAAUCACAACUGGUGUUUAUGCACCCUGACCUCGAAAGCAUCCUACAGGUCAUGGAUAAAGAUUCGAACAUUAAACCUCAGUUGUUGUUCUGGCUAGAUUAUUAUUUACAUUUCAGGGACACAUGAAUAUUUUGGAGGGAAAAUGAUCUUUACAUUCUCGCCGUUUUAACAGACGCUUCAUGUAAACUUUGAUUUAGUCGUUCGGUGCAGUGAAGUAGAUCCAGCAGAGGCCGACUACGGCUGUUUUUGAAAUAUUGCGUCAUUUAAUUCUGCAGAGUUACGGAUCCAGAGACAAAAAGUUCUUUAAAAAAAAACAAACUAAAUCUUAUAAAACGCUGACGUGACUCACACAGCAUCCUCACAGUGUGUGUGUGUGAGUGAUUCAUGUGUGUGGGGCCGGCUCUGGCAGGAUUGAGGCUGUACGUAGGAAGCAUGACAGAACGGACUCUGGAUUUGUGCUGCCUGUGUUCCACAUAUUACAGCGAAGAUGUGGAUGUUGUUGUGGAAUUUGACUAAAUCCUCUCUGUGGAUAAACAGACGCCUGAGGGCUACAGGCCCGUCCUCGUCCUCCUGACAGACAAACAUCAGGAAAAACAUCCUUCACAGCCCACGUCCUUCCGUCUGCAUAUUCAUCUCCUCUCCAUCCAUCUCCUCCUCGUCUCCAUCACUCCUUUAUUUCUGUACGUUUGGUUUUUCUCGCCGCUUGUCUUCCAGAGAAGCCAGAUUUUGAGGAAAAUUGUUUAAUGUGAGCCGGGGCGACGAAACCUGACAGCUCAGUGUCAGAGUAACCCACGCCGAGAGACGCAUCGGUCCUUUCAGAGUAAAAGACCUCAUAAACAGCACUAACAGGAGUGAAACCAGAUUUACCUCCACAAUCUCAUCGUCUGUUUUAGUUUCAUCUUUCAUUGUCCGCACGUUUAUUUCAGAUACUUAGAGCAGAACGGCUUUAGAUGAGGAAGAAACAUGGCCGCCAUCUUUAGGACUACAGCAGGACUGGAUAUGAGCAGCAGCGUGUAAGGCUGUAACGCUUUUUUCAAAUCUGACUAACUCUCCUCUGGAGUUUACUCGUUUGUUAUUUUGAAGGAUCGGCCGGCCUCCUGAGCGUCCUCUAAAGUUUAACGUUACUACGGAUCCUUUUACUGCGAGUAAACAUGAUGACUUUUUGGGUGGGCGGGGCUUAGCUGGAGGCAAAACUAACCUUUAGACAUGCUAAUUAACCAACAUUGGCAAGAAAUAACAUCAAUCAGAGUGGAAUCAGAGACGGACACAAACAUGAAAACUAACGAACUUUUAGAUUGGAUCAGACUGGUGGACCUGCAGAGAAACCCAAUAGCUGACCUUCAGGGCCACCGUAGAACCACAAAAAAAACCCAGAGAUGGACCUCUGCUGGGUCACCUCCGCCGGUUUGCUUUCUUUACGCUGUUUGUGUUUUUCUCCUCAGUCUUUAAAGGUGUUUCUUAAAAACAGCCGAUUCUCACGUGGACCUCCAUCACGGCUCCGGCUGUGCACGCUUAAAUCCUCUCCGUACACUUCCUCCGCCCGCCCAAACAAACGCCAGUCAUUUCUAAAUCCAUCUUCUUAAACGCUCUGUGUCUGACGACGUCCAAGAUGCUGAGUCCUGUUGUCAUGGAAACAGGAUGGAGAAGUUGGCGUACCCAGGUAGGGUCCCCUCUGAGGGACAAAAAGAGUGUCGCUUUCAGAGGAAGUGGUGAUGAAUAAAUCAGAUAUAGGGAGAGAUGUUUCCAGAACAAACGGAAGAGUCUCCGGGGAAUCCCUCGCCGUGGCGAGCUCAGUUUUAGUGACUUUGAUCUCUGUCAGGAUUGUUUGUCAAUUACCGUAAUAAGUGUGAACGUGCGGGAGUGUGUGUUAAGUGUAAGUGUGUGUAUGUGUGUGUGUGUGCGGUCACUGUCUGAUGACUCGUCUUGGAGGACCAGCUGGGCCUGAUAAUGAGUGAUGCACACACACAUAUGAUGAAGUACCAGUCACAGCUGUUUACCCCAUGUGCUCGCCUCACUUAUCAAUAUUCAAUUAAGAUCACUGCGUCUCCCCGAACACACACACACACACACACACACACACACACACACAUCUUUACUGAAGCUGUCCAAGGGUAGAAUGAAGGAUGUUCCUUAUCUGUUUAUUAACUCCAUCUGUGUCUCCAUCUCGUCUUCUGUUAUUUUUCUUUUAAUCGUGUUUUUCUGUCGCACAUUUAAAUCCGAGAAGAAGUUAUGGAACAAUAAAUUUACAUUAAUCAUUAGUCUGCUUUUGGCCACAUGGUCCCAGAGCUGCAGGAAGAAGCUGUAAGUCGGUGCAUUUUUCCUUUUAACAUGUGCAGCUGUUCCACUAUAAUACAUAUACUAAAAAAAAGUCGUACUAGCCGUCAUGGUCCGGGUUUGAGGAGAAAGGCUGACGCUGCUGUGUAAAUAGUAACACAAUAGUAAAGUUUAAUCUUCUUAUUUUUAAGCGGCGCUCUCUCGUAUUUCUGCAAGUUUUUAUUUGGAUCGUUAAACCGUUCGACAUCGCUCUUUUAUGUACUCGUUUUUAUGAGUUUUCAGGGUCAGCGUGAAAACCAUCUAAAUGAACUCCAUUAUUAUCAGGAGGUAAAGCUUGAGAAGUGAAGGAAAAAAAUGACAUUUUUCUAACAGAUGUCAUUUUUUUUAAAGCUAAAUUGUCUUUUAAGAACUCAGGAAGAACCCAAAUUUAAUCUCACUCCUGUCUUCUGAUGGAUUACAGCCAAGAUUUGACUGAUCCUACCAGGUCAAACUGAAUCCCUAAUUUGGAUAAAUACGACUCUUUAAGCUCUCUGUCAGUAAAUCGAUCACUGCGAAUCACCACAACCUUCACCUGCCAGUUUUAAAACUUUAAAAAAUGAUAAUAAAACAUAACUCUGUGGGCUGCAUGGCUCUCUUUAAAUGAUAUAGAGCCUGUUUUUGAGUAUAGAGGUGGAUAUAAGGCCUUCAGGACCCUGAGGUGUGCAGGUAGGUCUGUAGAUGACCCCUCUCACCCUGGACACAGACUCUAUGAGAUCCUCACUGAAGGCAAAAGUCUGAGGUCCAUCAGCCAAAACCUCUCACCACAGGAACUAUUUCUUUCUUAUAGUAAUCGUACCGUGAACCACAAGAGAGAGGACUUUCUGUAUAACAACAGCCGUGUGAAUCUAUGAAAAACUUCUAUUCCCUCUACAACAUCAGCUUUGAAUCUAUGAAAAAUGUCCAUUCCUUCUAUAAAAUCAGUCGUGUGAAUCUAUGAAAAUUUCUUUUUCUUCGAUUACAUCAGCGGUUUGAAUCUACAAAAGAAUCUAUUCCUUCUAUACCAUUAGCCUUGUGAAUCUAUAGAAAAUGUCUAUUCUUUCCAUAACAUCAACCAUGAAUCUAUGAGAAAUGUCUAUUUCUUCUAUAACAUUUGCCGUGUAAAUCUAUAAAAGAAUCUAUUCUUUCUUUAACAUCAGGGGUUUGAAUCUAUGUAAAUUCCUCUCCGGGUUGCCGUCGCUCGCUCAUGCAGAUCCUGAACAAACAGACCCGACAGCAGGAAGCUCCCCAUAUGGGGGAUUCCCAGGCGUAAAUCCUCAUCAAAUGCAGGUCUGUGGUCUAAUCUGCGUCUAUUUCAGGAGCCACAGCAGGAGUAUUUGUGGGAAGCCCUCUGGUGGACCCUCCAUGUUGUUUAGGUGAUGUAGUGCCUUUGUAAUACUAAUGUUUGGACGGGUAGCGGUGGCGGCAGAACGGUCCCAGAGCCCCUUAUUAUCCCUCUGAGCUCCACUUUAAUGCCGCCUGUCGCCGGCACUCUGGAGCCCUACCAGAGAGAAAUUAGCCCUCUAAUUGACAGACAAAAGAAAGUUCAUGUGUGCGCUCUCUCAUGAUUACCGUCUGAUCUCCUCUCCCUUUCCGCCGCUCAGAUUUCUCCUCUCCUCCGCUCCCGUUUGAGAUCUGACUCCCUUCAUUCGCCUCCAACUCUCCAACUCUGUCUCCCUCUUUCAUCCCUCCUCUUCAGAGAGCCGUCCCAUCCCUCUGCUCGUCUUCUUCCCAUAAUUCAUAGUGACAGGAAAGGUUAGAGCGUGCACGGCGGAGCGCUGGCUGACAGAAAGAGGAGAGUCGAGUGUCUUUUAAACGGCGUUUACGAGCGAGCGCUGAAAACUCUGAAAUGUGUUUCUGACUGAGACAUCACGGCUGAUCCACGGUCACUCCUGUUUACUCCGACGUCCUCAAACAGACUCAGGUUUGAUCUCAUUGAUCAGCGAACGAUAACCGGAGGGUUUAUCUGUUUGUCUGUCACAUGAAAUAUCAACACGUUCACGUUUUUACUGCGAGCGUUCACACAGUAUCCACAUGAGAUGGGAAAUGAAGAGAUGUGAUGAUACAAACGCCGUUUUUUACUCUGAUUAUUGAUCCAAUUAUUAAUUCCUGUGGUUUUUCUAGAUCAGCCUAUAUGACACAAAUUUAUAACUCGUUUCGUUAUCUCACUCUUCUGCCAAGACAGGGGAGCCAGAGAUCUGAUUGGGCCUCUAAAAGGUCAGCUGACUGCAGAUAACCUUUAUUUUUGAGCGAUUGGAUCCUGACAGUUAAUUCACGACAGGAGCUUCCCCCCGUCUGUCCUAAAUGCUGAACGAAGACAAGAUCAAGUUGUUUAUACUAGAAAAUAAAUGAAAAGAAAGUUAAGAAAGAAAAAAUGCCGAUUACAGAGCUUGACACUAACUUUUUCACGUAGGAGCAGAUGUGCUGUCGUUGUUACCCCCACUCUCUUGCCGCUCCAGGAACUACGCUGUUACAUUCACGUUACGUUACCCGCGCUACUCGCUACACAGACCGUGUAUAAGCUUUAAUGUUACCCUUCAUGUUAGUGGAAGAGGGUCCGACAGGAUUUGAUCUGCUCGUUGAUGACUCAGAUCAAGUCGAAAAUAAUGUUGUGUGUUGUUGUGUUCACACAGUGCGAGUAGAAUCAUUAGUGGCACAUUGAUAUUAAUGAUCAUGUGAAAUUUCAGUAGCGGCGCACGUAAUUUAACAGAAUGAAUGUCGGGGAAACACUGCUGAUACAUAUGAGUCCGAGGCAGAACUAUGUGAGAAAAAAACUAAUUAUUUUUAGGUGUGGCGUCUUUUAUUUAGCCAUGGUGGUGCGCCACGAUCAACUGCAUGUAGGGGAAACCCUGGGGCACGAUGAAAAUUGAUCAAAUAAUGUUUGUCUUAUUGGUCGAUAUAAGUAUUAUUAUUUGAAAUCAGUUUUAGGUCUUUUGGUCACAUGACAGUGAAGCUAUUGAAGGAAAACAGCCUUUUUUAAAAAACAUUAACCGGUAAUUUAUUGACGGUCCCUUAUUCAACACCGACGUUGACAGUGAGGGUGUCGAGUAGAUUUAACCGCGCUGCUGUUGUUAUUCCCGGUUAUGGAGAGUGAGAAGACACCGGUAGAUCCUCAGAGAAUGUCCGUCAGAUAUCCAACCUGAAACUAACUUCACCACCGUGUUUACAGGAAAAUAUAUCCAACCUGAAACUAACUUCACCGCCGUAUUUACAGGAAAAUAUAUCCAACCUAAAACUAACUUCACCGCCGUAUUUACAGGAAAAUAUAUCCAACCUGAAACUAACUUCACCACUGUAUUUACAGGAAAAAACAUUUGCUGCCUCAGCUGAUUUUUUUUAUGCGCACAUGCGCCCCUAAAUACAUUUUACAAUUCGCACACAUCUAUUUUAAAUGCAAUGAAAGUGAAACGGUCGCACUCUCUAGCCCUGAAUUAUUUAUUUUGGAUGUCACAGAAACAGACUUUGUUGUUGGAAACCCGUCGUUCUCACAAAAUGAGUAGAUUUUACUGUCAGACUCUUUUCUAUUUUUACAAUUACAUAAAAACAAUGUUUUUUUAAAGGCUCAUAGAACAUAGUGAGGGACAUGGAUAAGAGAACAUCAAGUAGUCAAUCAGAUGAUGGCCUGAACUAGUCUGAACCGGUUCUCAUGUGGAGCUGGUGUUUAACUUCAAAAACUUGAUAUAAAGUUUUGUGCAAAACAGACACACAUGGUCUCUUUUUAACACAUUUUUAAGGUUCCCUUUAAAAAGUUCCCUUUAAGGGGACUUUGGUCUGAGAGAGCUGGUUUCUCUGAAUGUUCUUUAAGCAGGUUGGAGGUGUCAGAAGUAUUGCCGAUAUGAUGAUGUUAGUAUGUAAUUGUGAAGUUUUGUUCAUUUUUUAACUUUGAUGAAUCGUGCUGCUGCAGAUCUUUGACACUUCUGUAACAGAGAUUUUUUUCUUUCCUGGUUAAAUAAAUCAGCCUGAUGAUGCUCCUCACACUCCGCUAAAUCAAAUAGUCAUUGCUCAAUACGAGCGAACAGGUGAGGAGGAAGCUGGAGGUGCACACACAUCACAGCAGUCAUUAAUCUUGACCUGAUGGAGCCGAGCCCAGAAGCUCCUUUAAGGUAUUUCCUGAAUUUAACGGGUCAGAAGAAUCAAACAAACCGGUUCACAAACUUUAAGUCAUUAACUCCUCCUAAAUCUGUGCAGCCUCUGAUUGAUUUUAUCAUAACUGAGGAUUAUCUGAGUGACUUCAGCCUGCCAAAACUAAAUCCUGCAGAACUUUUAAAAUAUCAACACAGCUGUCAGCAGCUUUAAAAACUUUACUAGACUUGGAGAAAUCAAACGAACGUCGAGUCCAGACUGUCAUUUUCAUUUUGGAGAAUAGAAAAGGGUAAAGUGUUAACCGUACACUGAUGGACUGUUUCAUCAAGAACAAAAACCUCAGCGGUGGGACUGACAGCGGUUGAUAGAGAGCCAGACUGAGUGGUUUCAUCAGCUAUGCAUGAGUUCAAACUAACUCCAGUAUAAGAGAAAGUUACUUAAGUUUAAGUGCUGGUUAGUUUCUUUACAGAAACAGGAACCUCAAGUCUGGGUGACGCCGACAAAUAUCAAAUCUUUAUUUUGGCAAAACUCAAUCAUUUUAGUCAUGCAUAAAUGAUUAUCACAUCGUCAAGCUACAGGACUCGACAGUGAGAUAGUUUCACUCGCCAUCUAAAAAUAGAUGUGUGCGAAUUGUAAAAUGUAUUUAGAGUCACGUGCGCAAAAAAAAAUCAGCCGAGGUAACAAAUGUUUAUUCAUAUAAAUACAGUGGUGAAGUUUGUUUUAGGUUGGAUAUAUUUUCCUGUAAAUAUGGCGGUGAAGUUAGUUUCAGGUUGGAUAUAUUUUCCUGUAAAUAUGGCGGUGAAGUUAGUUUCAGGUUGGAUAUAUUUUCCUGUAAAUACGGCGGUGAAGUUAGUUUUAGGUUGGAUAUAUUUUCCUGUAAAUACGGUGGUGAAGUUAGUUUUAGGUUGGAUAUAUUUUCCUGUAAAUACAGCGGUGAAGUUAGUUUCAGGUUGGAUGUAUUUUCCUGUAAAUACGGCGGUGAAGUUAGUUUCAGGUUGGAUAUAUUUUCCUGUACAUACGGCGGUGAAGUUAGUUUUAGGUUGGAUAUAUUUUCCUGUAAAAACGGCGGUGAAGUUAGUUUCAGGUUGGAUAUAUUUUUCUGUAAAUACGGCGGUGAAGUUAGUUUCAGGUUGGAUAUAUAUUUUCCUGUAAAUACGGUGGUGAAGUUAGUUUUAGGUUGGAUAUAUUUUCCUGUAAAUACGGCGGUGAAGUUAGUUUCAGGUUGGAUAUAUAUUUUCCUGUAAAUACGGUGGUGAAGUUAGUUUUAGGUUGGAUAUCUGACGGACAUUCUCUGAGGAUCUACCGGUGUCUUCUCACUCUCCAUAACCGGGAAUAACAACAGCAGCGCGGUUAAAUCUACUCGACACCCUCACUGUCAACGUCGGUGUUGAAUAAGGGACCGUCAAUAAAUUACCGGUUGAUGUUCUCAGAAAAGGCUGUUUUCCUUCAAUAGCUUUCAUGUCAUGUGACCAAAAGACCUAAAAUUGAUUUAAAAUAAUAAUACUAAGGUCGAUCAAUGUUUUUAUUUUGCCUUGUGUGUUCCUUGUGAAAAAAGUUAGUGUCAAGCCCUGAAGCUAUGAACAGCAUAUGUUUUGAGUAAUAUAAUGUAUAAUUUAUUGAUGACUUCACUCACUGUUAAUGUCUAGUGUUCAGUCCUUUGAAUAUUCAAAUCUUUGAUCGGCUAAGAGAGGAUUUGAUUUUCUUUGGAAUUUGAGUGAAAUGAUCCUUUAAACAGACCCGAGUAAUUAGAGGGAGAAAGGUUAGUAUACGACUAUCAGAUGAGACUUUGGGUCACGGCUGAUGAGACAAUCAGCUGAGAGGCUAACACACACACACACACACAUACAGAGGCAGGACACACCCACGCGCGCGCACACACGCUCUCUCACACACACUGCUCUCUGGAUUAGCAUAUAACAGGGCGGUAAACAAAAACAACAGAGCUUUCAUUAAUUAAGGAGCGAGGGGCUGGGUGGGCAGACGGAUGGGCGAGCGCUGCUGAGACACUGCGAGCGCGGCACAGCGCCAGGCCUCCAACCACGCCAACCAGAACACAGCUGCCUAAUGGAGCGCUGGCAUUGCUGAAGGACGGGGGAGCCGAGAGAGGCAGAGAGGGGGAGAAGAGGUGGGAAAAGGGGGAGAGAUCGGAGAUAAAACUAAAUAAUCAAGGAAUUUAAAGUUAAAAAACGGAGUCAGAGGGAGGUACGGGCUGGAGACAAAAGACGGAGGAGAGAGAAAGGGAAACAAAGUUUGCGAGGGGAUUGAGGAGAGGAGGAAACAAAGGCAGAUAAAAGGAGAGGGGGAGUGUGUGUGUGUGAGUGAGAGAGAUGAGAUGGAGAUAGAGAUGGAGAUUGGAUGAUAUCCCUCUGUCUCUGUUCAUUAAUACCGUAUGAUCUCCUCUCUGCCUCCUUUGUGAUUUUAACACAUUUCUAAUUAGCACAGAAUCCUCUAAGUUGGAGUAGGAGGGAGGAGGACGGGGGGUAGAGAAUCAUAUUUUUAUCUGUCUUUAAUAAAUUCACUUUCAUUUGAUCUUUUUUUAAACACUGGGGCUGCUGUGCCGAGCCUCUUUCCUUUUCCCCGACUGUGGCAGAAUGAAAGGUGGUGUAAACGCCGGGCUAAUUGUUAUGCUUGUAAGGCGCGCUAGCUAAAGUCGUUAGAUUACAAAAAGUGGGAAUUUUUAAAGUUUUACCGCCGAACAAAACCCCAAACAUCCUCCGGGGUUUCAAGAAGAAGUAAAAAUGAAGAAGUCUGUAAAGACGAAAACAAAACUUAGAGAGGAAAAUCUUCUUCCAGAGGUCAGGAGCAGAUUUCUUUACUCCAUCUGCUCUACUUUGCGUCUUGCAGGAGACAAUGUCAGUGCAGCACAAGAGGGAGGCUCCUCCACGCCUCUCACUGAGACUCUUGGCAGCUCGUCUAAUCAGAGUGCAAUUAGACAGAGACUUCUCUGGGCGACAGAAGACUCUGAUUACCCAAGAGUCACUGGGGGUAUAUUUAGUAUCUGUGCUCUUGUUCCUCUGUGGUUCCCGUGUCGCCCUGGAGCUAAAGAGAGAGCUGGUGCGCGGCUCAGACGUCGAAGGCGGGAUGGGCUGGACUUGGCUGACUGACUGUGACUGAGCUCUAACGGUGUCAGCCUGAUCCAAAGCCUCAUUUUCGGGCUUCCUGGAGGUUUCCAAUGACACAUAGAUGGAAUCCGUCCAUGCCGGCAGCUCCUCUGUGCUCUGCUGCUCUGAUCCUGCACGAUGUGUUUGUCAGAGAGACACUCGAGCAGAUCAGCAUCCUCUAUGAACUGAAGAAGAAAGGUUCUGCAGUGAGUGAUCCAAGUCCAGGCAGUCCAGAACUGGACGAAGAGGUGUAAAAAACGUUACAAAGAGCAUGAAUACAAAAACACCUUUACCUCUGAUUUUAAAAACACAUAAACUUUGAUGAUUUCUAAUAUUUCAACUCGAUGAUGAAAUUUAAAAAAUACAAAGAUGGCGUUUAAAAAUGUCCGGACAUGGACAUAUUAACCCAACGUUCUGUGGACCGUAGUGAACCCAGCAGACCAGGUUCUGGAGUCUGACAGUGAAAGGUUGUCCCGGUCUGGCCUGACAGAGGAUUUUCAGCUGUUCAAAAGUCCAGGGUCUCUUUCGUCCUGUUUUGGGGGUUAUGAUAGGGCUGGGCGAUAAACUGAACAUUUACUGAUACAAAAAUCAAACACACGUGUAUAAGCCGGAGAUUUCACCUCGUAUUAAAGGAGUUGUGAGAAGAUUAUCUGAACUAUUCUGGAGUUAUGAAAGUCUUCCUCUCAUUAUGUCACGUGUGAUUAAAGGGUCAGAAAAUCUAGAUGAAUCAAGAAUCAUCAAACUGAACUUUAAGGGCUGUCGACUUAGAGCUGGUCAAUACGACAAUAACCAACGUCAUUUUGCCCAUAUCGGUAUAUUCAGUGUCAAAAAAAUAUAAAUCCAAGUUGGUUUUGGAUGUGUGUAGGUAGGCUAUGGUCUCAUGCAGGGCUCGUUUCACUCGCAUUUUUGACUAAAAAUAGAUGUGUGCGAAUUGUAAAAUGUAUUUAGGGGCACAUGUGCACAUAAAAAACAAAAUCAGCUGAGGCAACAAAGAUUUUUUCCUGGAAACACAGUGGUGAAGUUAGUUUUAGGUUGGAUAUAUUUUCCUGUAAAUAUGGCGGUGAAGUUAGUUUCAGGUUGGAUAUAUUUCCCUGUAAAUACAGCGGUGAAGUUAGUUUCAGGUUGGAUAUAUUUUCCUGUAAAUACGGCGGUGAAGUUAGUUUUAGGUUGGAUAUAUUUUCCUGUAAAUACGGCGGUGAAGUUAGUUUUAGGUUGGAUAUAUUUUCCUGUAAAUACGGCGGUGAAGUUAGUUUCAGGUUGGAUAUAUUUCCCUGUAAAUACAGCGGUGAAAUUAGUUUCAGGUUGGAUAUAUUUCCCUGUAAAUACGGCGGUGAAGUUAGUUUUAGGUUGGAUAUAUUUUCCUGUAAAUACGGCGGUGAAGUUAGUUUCAGGUUGGAUAUAUUUUCCUGUAAAUACGGCGGUGAAGUUAGUUUCAGGUUGGAUAUAUUUCCCUGUAAAUACGGCGGUGAAGUUAGUUUUAGGUUGGAUAUAUUUUCCUGUAAAUACGGCGGUGAAGUUAGUUUUAGGUUGGAUAUAUUUUCCUGUAAAUACGGCGGUGAAGUUAGUUUCAGGUUGGAUAUAUUUUCCUGUAAAUACGGCGGUGAAGUUAGUUUUAGGUUGGAUAUCUGACGGACAUUCCCUGAGGAUCUACCGGUGUCUUCUCACUCUCCAUAACCGGGAAUAAAAACAGCAGCGCGGUUAAAUCUACUCGACACCCUCACUGUCAACGUCGGUGUUGAAUAAGGGACCGUCAAUAAAUUACUGGUUGAUGUUCUCAGAAAAGGCUGUUCUUCUUCAAUAGCUUCCAUGUCAUGUGACCAAAAGACCUAAAAUUGAUUUCAAAUAAUAGUACUUAUGUCGACCAAUAAGAAAAACAUUAUUAGAUCAAUUUUCAUUGUACCCCUAAAGUUCUUUGUGUGCUCCUUGUGAAAAAAGUUAGUGUCAAGUCCUGCUAACUCCUCUACUCUUUAGAGACGAUGAUUCAGAGUCCAGGAUUAAAGAGAAACUCAAUUUAAGUUGAACUUUAGUUACUUUAGAAAAACAAACAUAAAUGCUGCUGCUGUUGGGGCGAAUAAUGGCGGGAGAGUUGAAAAGUUAACUCCAAACGCACAGUCUGCACUUCGAUAACAACCUACUCGCUUGUUGAUUAAAACAAAGCAGACAGUCGGUUCAUGAAGUUCAGUUUUCUUCCACAACACAGACGUCCGAGGAGGAGGAGGAGGUGAGUAUGGACGGUUGGGCGUACAAAGAAACAAAUCUCUAUAAAUUAGCUGUGAUUUGACACAUUCGAUAAUUUCCUCUUGCUCGUUUCACUUCACAGAACAAAUACCAUACUUGUGAGUUUAGCGGGAAUGUGAGAGACGUGCAUAACUUUCUCUGCACUUUCCCAAACACAACGAUAUAUGGAUUGCACUUAAAUCGCACCUUUUAGUCUUUCAGCCACUCAAAGUGCUUCACACUGCGUGCCACAUUCACCCACACACACACACACACAACACAAACACACACAUUCACACACUGAUGGUGGAGGCUGCCUUUAAAGGUGUCAACCUCCCCAUCAGGAGCGGAUCUACAAGAUUCACACAAACACUCUCACACCAAAGGCGGAGCAGGAACAAAGAGGAGCAGUCUGGGUUUCGUAUCUCUGCAAGAGCAUGAAGAUCGGGACACCUGAAGAGUCUGGGGAUGAAAACAUUUUUACACUGAAGCCACCUUAACAAGAGGACUUCAGAGGGGUCAACAGUUACAUUAGAGAGCCGAGUGCACCAGUCAGAGGGACCUGGAUCAUUCAGCAUCCUACAGUAAGAUGUCACCCUCUCAAAAUCAGAUUUUAUCUGCAUAAAAAGGAAAAUAGGAACAUAAAAGUUCUCAAAAUCAACGUCUGACCCUCUCUGAUAUCCCUCUUAGUGUUGAAUGUUUCUUUUCCAUUGUUGAAAAGUACGUAAGAGAAGUUUUAUAAGUGGUGGAGAAAGUUUGCAGGAGAGUAUCAAGUGAUCAGCGUGCGAUGCAGCAUUCUGCCUUCGUUUUUGGGGCGCUGCACCUAAAAGCGCACAGAUUACGAAGACUUCACGCCCGGCUUUUUGCAAAGCUGGGAAAUGCAGUCCUUGGAAAGAUUGAUGUCAACUGAUUGAGUGGCUUCUCCUCUUUCAAAUGACUACAAACAUGGCCGUACGGAGCCAUUCUCCGCUACACUGUAAAGCUUUGAUUCGGUUUCAGAUUUCGCACCAAGACAGAUUAAAAUCGACAUAAAAAGUUUGCACUAAAACAGACAUCCGACCCAGUUUUGUGAACAUUAGAAUCUAAACUUUGAUCGAGGUUAACAAAACCUGCCUCAGUGUGCAAGACGUGUGAUUUAAGCAGCAGUUACUGGAACAGUUGGUGAAACUCCCGAUACAGACUCUUGUUCACCUGUCCCUUAGCUUUUCAGGCACAGACACCUCCUCCUCCUGCUCCUCUCCCUGCUCUCCUCUCUCCUACUUCUCUUCAGACCAAAGAGCAAUAACCAUGAGUAAAAUUCAAACUAGAUUAAUGUCCGGCUCUGUGGUGGUACUUGUAGCUGAUUUGAAGCCAAAUUUCAGGAUUGAACAACUUUUUUCACAAAAAAAUAGAAUAGGCGGUCAACCUGAGCGACAUUUAUCAACAUCACAAACAUUUUACUUCACGUGUAAAGAUCUGGAUCGGUCUUUACCUGAUUAGAUCAUCCACAGUAUCUCAUCAUAAUAAUAAUAAUCUCAUCAUUAUGAAUCCUCAGCCUCUUACUGACCGAGUAGCCCCUCUGAACCCUCUUUCCUCCCCCUCCUCCCUCUGUCUCGCCCGUCUAUCAGCCAUCUUUGCACCCCCCUCUCCCUCCUCGUCUCUUGUCAGCACUUUGGAGAGCAGGCCGGGGCUUUCACAGAUCAAGACAUCUGUGUCGAUAAGCGUGUUUGCAGAGAUGAAAGCUGCAGUGGGCCGAGCCUCUGGAGCCGGCGGGUUCAGGAGUUCAGCGGCUCUGCUGAGGUGUAGUGUUGCUGUUUCUGUCAAUCAUACUGUGUCUGUGAACUCUGCAGAUUGGAGGCAACCUGAGGAACAUGAUCAGAGUGUUUCGCCUGUUUGAUUACAACCGAGGAGGACACAUCCAGCUGCACGAGUUUCGCCGCAUCCUGGACAACUACUGCACCCGCCUGACGGACAAGGAGUUUCAGAGGUCAGGGUUAGUGGAGCACUGAACGCACGGUUUGAAGUGGGUCAGACAGAUGAAGUUAUCAGUGAUCAGCAUCUGAGAGGACAACAGGUAACCAGGACUGUCAGGGAAGUGAGGCCUGAUCAUGAGGCGGUAAACACCUUUGAUAACUCCUGAAAGCAUCGGCUCCUGCAGUCAAGUCUGCAGUGAGAAAGCAAGAAUCAAAGGGCUGAGUAAUCCUGGAUGAGAAGAUGUUUGAGGAGAAAGGGUCAGCACUGGCUGUCUGAUCUUCAGCAGGAGCUGGAGGUGAAUUUGUACCUCUAAGUUUUUGUCUGAAAGCUGGUGAACAUGUGCCUCAGGGCUGUAAUAUCUGAUGUUGUUUGGCAGCACCAGCGCUUGUUUCAUCUUUUUUUUCCCCGCCUCUCUCUUGGCUGUUGUGGACUCGCUCAGAAAAACACAGAUUUGAUCAGAUCAUACCGGCUGUUUUGACCUGAAUUUCAGAGUGUUUCGGCCUUUAAAAUACAUCUGAAAAAUGUGGGAUCAUCUUCAGCUCUUAAACAAACAAAACACUUUAAAAUCCACCCGCUCCCUGAGACCGGCAGAUUCCUGGUCAUAAAGUCUGAGUGUGUCUGUGACAUCUAGAGGCUUUUUAGUCCUACAAAGAUCAGUGUAUAAUUCGAGACUUUCCUGAUCUAAUCUCUAAGGCUACACCAGGACAGGAUUAAAGACACUACAAGACAAUUGCACUGAUUUUAGACCAGAUUCUGUCCUAACACCUCCUGAGGUGGGAGGAGUGUAAAGAGGGAUUUUUCAUCUCUAGGAUCUGUGUGGAGUGGUUCGCAGCCUCCCCAGAAAUCCUUUUGUGCAGGGGUAACCCGUGGACGGACAACGAUGCACGAUGUCGACUGUAAUGUGGAGACACUCGAUAGAAAAACAAGGAUAGACGCUGACUGAAGACAGCAAACGCAGCCAUGGCGAGGAUGAGAAAUGUAAAGCGGAAUCCACUCCUGAUUCAACGUGACGGCACGAUAGUAGGGAUGGGAAUUGAUAAGAUUCUAUCGAUAUUGAUGCCAUUAUCAGUUCUACUUAUUGAUUCAAUUCUAUAACGAUUCCCUUAUCAAUGCCUUUCUUUGAUUUAAAAAAAAGUAGACUUUAGGUUUACACCGUUAACUCAAAAUUUUAUUGAGUCUCUAAUAACAGACAAAGACGAACGCCACCUUCAGUCAAUUAACAAACUCAUUAAACAGCAUUUACUUCUGUUGGUAUUAAGUCAUAUACAUAAUACGUUCAGUCUGGCAUGCAUUGUGCUGAUGUUAACAAAGGACAUACGUUAGGGUGACCAUAUUCUGAUUCCACAAAAAGAUGACACUUGAAAGCACUUAAAGUGAAUGCACUACAUGAACUUGUGUGUGAAAUUUGUGGGAGUGUUUUUUAUGCGCUUCUAACUCAAACGUAAAUUAUUCUGAAUUCCCAAAGACAGCGCAUGUGUGCCUUGCGUCAGUGGCUUCGCUUAGAAGUGAGUGGAGGGCGGAGCUGCAGAGAGGACUGAUGCUCUGCACUGUUUCAUCAUGAAUGAAAACACGUUCAGGUAAUUUGAAGGAUUUUAUAAACUCCCCCGAACAGCCCCCCAAAAGAGGACAUGUCCGGGUAAAAGAGGACGUAUGGUCACACUAACAUAUGUACCUUCCAUGCCGUGCUGAGACGGAGCAGCAGCAGCUGAUGACCGGUGGAGAACAUCGAAUUCAUGUGACUCCUUAGAUUUGAUGCCGUACCCCGUUGACAAAUGUUGAAGCCUGUUGCUGGUGUUUCCACCUUUGCAUGUUAUCACUGCUCGACAAAUGUUGCACUGUUGUUGUUGUUCUUAGUAAAAUUAAGCCAAGCUUUAGAUAAUUUCUGCCGACUUUUGGUACCAUCCGCCAUGUUUUUUUCUUUUUUUCUAUCUCUGUUCUCUUUCACGAAGACUGGCACUCGUGAGACCUUUUAUCAAGGCACCCAGAGGAAAGGAAUCGUUAAGAUAAAAUGUAAAUGAUGUCGAUGGAUUUAACCAUUUAAAACCGGUUCUCAAUUUCCAUCCCUACACGAUAGUCUUGUUAUGUUCGCUCGAGGUUCAAACCCACUCUUAAACAUAUUCACCUUUAUUUAACCAGAUAAAACCCACUGAGAUCAGGAUCUCUUUAUAAGAGGUCAUCAUAAGAAAUGACAGAUCAGAUUAAUACAAACUUCUCGGAGCCAAGGCUGACUUCAAAUAAACAUCAAAAUUCACACCCUCCUUUUUAUUUCAUUUGCACGCUGACAUGCACAUUUAAACCAACCAGGGAGUACAACAUCAUUUCCAGUAUUCCCAGUGGAGUGUAUCCACCUGUCAGUGAAGACGGGAUCACCGGCACUAACUUUGUGGUCAUCCUUUGUGUCGGGAUGAGAGACAGCUAAUUGACUUUUAAAACUUGGAGCCCUGCAGUCAAAUCCACUCCAGAAACGCUGCUCAACUUUUUUGAUGUGGCUCUGGAGGAUUGUGUGUGACAGGUUCAUUUUCAAUGGCUUUAAUUGGUUUCACUGCUCAGGUCUCACACACACACACACACACACACACACACACACAUUUGUUCUGUGUGUGUGUGUGUGUGUGUGUGUGUGUGCAGGUACAGCCGAGCUCAAAGCGUGGCCUCUUUUUCUCAUCUCGUCAUUGACGCUGACAUUAAAGGUCACCUGUGAAGCUCUGUCUCUAUGUAAAGCACCUCUCGGCGUGUUUUUCAGGUUAUGGAGUCACUACAGUCCCAACAACAGCUCCACCAUUUCCUACGAGCUCUUCCUGGAGGAGCUGGGUUUUGGCGACAGCCAUAACUCCAGGAUUUCUCCAGUCUGCACUAAGCUAGGUAUGCAUACAGUGGAUUAAAAUGUGGAUUUAGAGAAUAUGAUUGACAGCGACCAGCCGGGAACUCAAACAGAGACGCAAACAAGACUUUUAAAAAUCUACAAACAUGGCUGCUUGUUUCUGAGUCUGUGCUCAGGACCAGAAACGACUGAGCGAAAUGCUAAUAUUGAUGUUGCGUUAUGAACUCAGGCUGUUAACUACAUCGAUAACGUCCUUAAUAUUUGAAGAGGCGUCCAAUCAAAAUGACCUAAAAACAGCCAAACAACUGUGACUCUCAGAGGGUUUACAUGAAGUUAAAAUAACAAUUCAGUCCGAGGGCUGGGCGAUAUGGCCUCAAAUCAAUAUCAACGAUAUAUUGAUCAGUUCACCUCGAUAACGAUAAAUGGACGAUAACUACUCCACAAGCUGCUCACCCCCUCCCACAUUAACUUCGUCUACUUCAGCCGCUACAACUUAUGAACCGUCCUCCAUCUCCUCACCUGUCUAUACCUCUUUGUUAGGGGCUGGAUGGGGCGGAGUCACAUCUCUGAUGUAGGACAGCGUCUUAAGAGGGACAUGAGACCAUAGCCUACCUACACACACCCAAAACCAACCUUGAUUGAUUUAUUAUAUUGACACCAAAUAUACCGAUAUGGGCAAAAUAACGACGGUUAUUGUCGUAAAUUUUGCUCUUGGAAAUUUUCGGUUUGUCGCCCAGCCCUACUCAGUUCUGUUAAAAUACACACAAACACAACAGUCAGACUAAAGACUAACACACAUCGAUAACACAGUUGCGGAUCUACUUUCUCUUCCGUGUGUCGCCUCUAUCAGAACCAAACUUGGGUGUUCUGCACAUGCUCAAUAGUAGUUAGCCUCCCGCUAAAUUGUUUGUUGUUUGUUUUGGUUCAUGACACAAAGGGUCAACCAGGAGACUUCCUGAUGGUGCAUGUAUACUGGGACAUGGACAGUACUCCUGCUAAAUUACCCAUAAAACAACAGUAAGCUCCGUGAGCAGCAGUAGACUGUUAGCUGAACAGCUGAUAGUUUCCUAAAAACCUCACAUGGAAAUGUCAAAAUUAGUGCUGAAUUUUAAAAUGUUGAUUUACCCCUUAAUCUCAGUUACUGAUCAUAAUCUAACAUCCUGUUAUUUUGGAGAACACAACAGCUUUACAAGGAAACACACCGACCUGGGGACGUUCCUCAGACCUGAGUCUUUCAGUCUAUGAUUGAGACUACAUGUGCCCGGACAUUUAACCCUCUUCAUUUACAAAAAGAGCAUGCCAAACCUGUAGGCUGCAGUGUAGCGAGAAGCUCAAGCCCACGUUAGCCAAUCAGAAUCCUGCAUGGCAGCAACAACAACAACAACGUCAAGAUGCAAAUGCAAAUGGAAACAAAUACAAAGAGAUUGCACCAGCUUAAAUGCGACUGCCAUUCUGCAUGCAUCCAUGAUCACCAUAGAUUGUAAACAUAGACUGUAGAUUGUGCGCCAGAAACUGGGUUAAAUGCGUCGUUGUUUCAGCUAAACCAAAUCUCUGUUUUUCAGAGUUUUCCAAAAUCUCGGCUCUGGCCGGAGUUUUUAAAAAGCAUCAUUUUCAGGGGUGAAUUCUCCGUUUGUGUCUAAAUGAAGGGUGCAAACGAUGGUUAAUGUCCCCCGUUUUUAAAAAUAAUUGGGUACGUAUAAAGGGGGCCUGAGUUUCAUUUGCUGGUCUGAUUUCCACGUGUAGACCUUCUUAAAUGUCAUUUACAGAUUAAUGGGUUAGAUUAAACUGACCUUUUAUGAAAGUUUGACCACAUUUAUACGGCGAGGACUUGAUUUGGGAGUUCUUUCUGACCGACUGUGUUUGCUUUAGAGGUGUGCAGCAGAGGGAAAACUCCUCCUGAGUGGAUCAAACAGAGGAAGCAGAGACCAGCAGACCUGUCAGUCCUUCCUCUCAGAAAGCUGCACGCUCUCUUUUUCGACAAGGUAAAGACUCGUCAGAAUCACUCUGUGUGUUUUACUCCUCUUGUUUGCAUGUCACCAUCUGGCCCUCUCCCAUGCAUUAUCCUCUUUAAAGACGGAGGGCUAAAUUGGCUCUAAGUGGCGCGUCAGGAUGCAAACGGCAGAGGGAACACUUCUAAUUAAAAUGUUUGCCCAGAAAAAUCAGCUCCUGAGUUAGUGUGUUAAUCACGGCUAAUUUGUGGAAAAGGCGGCGGAGGCGGGGUUUGAGCUGCUCUGGGAUGCUCUCCAUGGUAACAGAACCAGGGUUGACUCACUUCCUGUGAUUAUUAAGGGACAAGAGACACGGAGAGGAGUCUGUCUGUGAAAUACGGAUGUGAUCUUCUGCUUUCAGAUGUGUUUGAACUCCACCUCGGUGUGGCGGGCGCUGCGGGCCUCUGACACCACCCGCUCCGGCCUGGUAACACAGGGAGUCCUCAGGGCCGUCCUCAGCAGCUUUGUAUUUCCCAUGAACCCUCAGUCCUUCCUGAGGCUGACCAGCCGGUAGACAAAGCAAAACUCUAUUAUUUAUUUUCUCGUCUGCUUCAACCUCUCUGCCCUCGGCUCCUUCAAUCUUAAAGUCGAGCUCCUCAUUUAUUCUGUGUGAUACAUUUUUGAUGUGUGUGUAUGGAUUUAUGUGUGUUUGCAGCUAUGGAGUGAGAGAAACCGGGCCGGUGAGGUGGAAACACUUCUUGGGGAACUUUAUGAACCCGGUCAAAGAAGGCGAGGACACAAACGACAGGUCGGAUAUUUUAUCUUUAGUUACAAGCAACAGUCAAAAGGAUUAAAAGGAUGUUCCAGUAUUUUCUAAGUGUGGUUGUAUUAGUGAAACGCCACCAGUAAGUGUGACCGGCAAUUUCCACCGGAUCCGGAACGACAACGAAAAGGUCGUAUCCGCCAAUCAUAGCUGAUCGUUUCCAUUCAAGUUACCGUGUCAAUUCACACCGGUUGUUAGAAUAUUAAAAUGUUGAGGUGAAGAGAAAUUUAAAUAUGGUUAACAGCAAAACAAGAAUGAAUCCCUGCUUCUGUUACUCUUGUCUCAGGGUCCAGGAGCAGCCUGAACACGAUAAAGACAGCUCACUUUUCCAGGAUAUUUACCCUCAGCUGAAAGAGAUCUUCCAUCUGCUGGACCAGGUAAGCAUCAGGACUUGAAGUAAAGUAGAUAAUCAGCCAAAGUAGAGUAAUAAAUCUCCUGUUUGUGCGUUGGACACACUGAAAUGCCUCCAAACCUCUCCCUUAUUUGCGCAGCGUAGCGAAAAGUGUAGUUAAAGAACAUGACAGAAGUGAUUUUGAAUGUUAUCAGACGGGACACAUGGGAGUCAUCUCAGCAGAUUGCACAGAGACAAAGGCACACACUCAGGUAUGUGCUUUAAAAUAUAAAUGCCAGACAGCUUUACAGAUGAGCCAAUCAUCAUCUGCAGCUUUUUGAUGGCCAUAAACAUGAUUAGAUGAUUGCAUAUGGCCGCUGGUUAGCCACUCAGUCACUAGCCAUAUGUUCAUCUGACAGCGAUCGCCUUCAACACGCCUCCGCAUCCAGUUCUGCCUCUUUAAUUUCAAAUCAGUCUUCUUCAGCUGCAUCAAACUUUGGAGUUUCACUAAACUUUGGGGGAAGGGGGGGGCUGAAUUUUCCAUUAAUUCACAGUUAUGUUUGAUGUUUGUGCCGCCACUCACAAAACAACACUCGGCUUCCAAGUUUGACGAAGUGUGUGUGUGUGUGUAAAUCUGUGUGUUUGUGUGUGAAGCCUCUCCCAGAUAUGAAUCACACAUAUCUAUCUGCCAGAAUCUCCUCCUUUUAAUGGCAUGGGAGGGAAAAAAAUCCCUCCAUCAACUGUUUUAAUAAUCUAUUCAGCAGUGGGAGAUCAAACAAGAGAGUCCUCACACCGCCAGCCAAUAAUGAGCUUUUUCACUCAGGCAGGUUCGAAGCCAAAUCUGGUUUUUAGACUCUCGGGGGGAGGCUCAGAAGACUUUCUGUGAUUCACAUUGUUUGUGUAUGAUUCUCAAUCUAUCAUCCACAUCACAUGGAGGCAACAGUGCCAGGCCAUAAUUAGUGCUCUCAUUACGGAGCAUUAUUUAACAAUGGACUGUAUCAUAACCUCGGCGAGGAGUAAACACAGUUAUAUAAAUAAUCCGAAAGCUGACAAAUCGAUGAAAAGCACAACAUCAGGUUUGGUGUUUGAUCCUCAGGCUCUGAGCCGUGUUAGGGGAGUGAACUUCUCCACGGGGCGUCAAAAUACACUCAGCCCACAGUACAAUAUGGUACCACACUACACUGUAUAAUGGGAUAUGAUACAGGACUAUACACUGCAAUAUCACAUAACAGCAUAUGAUAGGAUAUUAUAUAAAUUACAACCCAAUAAAAUAUGAUGAGACAUGUUAUGAUACAUUUUUAAUAUGUUAUGAUAAAGUAAGCUAUAAUACAAAUAAAGGAAUAUGAUGAGACAUCUUAUAUGUUAUGAUAUGAUACAGUUACCUAUGAUACUAAUAAUGUGAUAUGAUGAGAAAUAUGUUAUAUGUUUUUAUCUGUUAUGAUAAAGUACCGUAAGCUACGAUAUGUAUAAUGGGAUACGAUGAGACAUGUUAUGAUAUGUUUUAUCUGUUAUGAUAUGAUACAGUUAGCUAUGAUACUAAUAAUAGGAUAUGAUAAAACAUGUUAUAUGUAUUUAUAUGUUAUGAUAUGGUACAGUUGGCUAUGAUACUAAUAAUGGGACAUCGUUGGAUACUUUGCAUUAACAAUUUGAUGUCAUAAGAUACGAUACAAUACAACGUAAUAGAAUACAAAGUGAUAGAGUAUGGUACAAUGUGAUAAAAUGUAAUAUGAUACAACCAAUACCAAAUGAUAUGAUUGUGACGCAAUACAAUUUGCUGCAUUAUGCUGCGAUGUAAUGAUAUUUUACAAUAUGAUAAGACUGAGUGUGAAAAGAUAUGAUACAUUAAAUUUUAAAAAAUACAAUAUGAUACGAUUAGACUCUAUAAAAAGAUGAUACGAAAUGAUACGAUGUGAUACCACCAUACUAUCUAAUGUGAUUCAAUAGGACGUGUUUAAGCUGUAGAAGUGAAGCUAAUAUGAAGUAAAAACAGACACCAACAUAAACAUCAACACUGCCAAAGUAAUCAUCUUUAAAAUAGUUAUUGUACUUGUGAAAAACCUAAGGAAGAGGUUAAAUACUAACAGUGGCUGAUGACCUGAUAUCUCACCUGAUCAUAUUAUCCAGACAGAUGACCAAAAGAGACCAAACCCCAACUCCACCUCCACUCCUAGAGGCGACACAUCAUCACCAAACACCCAUCCUAACACUCAGGAGACUGCAGAUGUCCCAAAGACGACUGAAGAAUCUGAUGUAGGCUUUUAAAGCUCUUUGCAAAGAUUCAUGUCGGACAUAAGGCCAUAAAUUCAAACUCUGUUUUUGGUUAUUUUUCCCCAGCUGCAGCAGAAAUCCCCAGAUGAGAUACAGACCACACGGAGCGAUGAUGAUGUGCACGUGGCUGCUUCACAGAGAACAGUGAGAACAAGAUGUAUUGUGAUCAAAAAUCACCUUUAUCACACGAAGCAUACAGCAGCGGAUCAGACAGAGACAACACAGAGGAUCAGAUCAAACGAAAAAAGAGGGGUUAAUUAUUAAUGCACUGUUUGAUAUCUGUGUGUGUGUGUGUGUGUGUGUUAUAAAAAGGUGGAGCGUUUGCUGCAGGAGAAACUCAGUGCAGUGUUAGAGGCUCUGAAGCUGCGUGACCCUCAGCUCUCUGGAAACGUCACAGAGGAAGAUCUGAAGACGGUCUUAAGCUGCUGUGGAAUGCUCAUCUCAGACACACACUUCAACAAGUGAGAGACUCACAAACACAAACACACACAAGCAAACGAGGGCAGCUGUCAUUUUCAGAAAUAUAUCAAGAGCAACGCUGUGACCUCAGAGAUAAGAAAUAAACGCCUGGACAGAUUGGUGAUACUGAACUGUUUGGCAUGAGCGAUGAGAGCUGAGAUACUGAGUUUAAAAAUGAAGAUGUCAAGUUCAAGUGUCUCUAAAUCGUAGGGGGAUUAGUUCGAAAUUUGCUUAUUUAGUUUGUAGCUAAGAGUGACGCAAGAACUCCACGAGGACGCUUUAAGAACUGAGACAAGAAUCAACUAGACUGAGAGAAACUGUCACAGAUUAUGGGACCAACUCGAAGUCCUUUGACUGUGUUUAAACAUGAGUCCCAUAAAGGUUUAUAUGCACAGGAUGACUUUAAUUUACUCUUCCAACUAAAAUAAAAAUAGUUUCUCUUACCAGUUCAACUCCAGGUUAAAAGACAGUGUUGAUUCCACACUGCAUUUGGUCCACCCUCUGGUCUAUCCUCUGGUCCGUCCUUUAGUCUGCAGCAGGUGCUGGAUAGUGUGUAAGCAUCUGAAGGACGCAGACGCAAAGUGACCCUGAGCAGGACACACAAAAAUGGCAUGCAGAUAUUUACUAGUACCAAUACAGAUUAGCUGCUGACAUAAUUAUCUUAACAGUCUGAGACACAGUUGUAUGUAAAAGAACUUACCAUCAAUUUCCAUGACAUUGGAGUCAUUUGAAGAGCAGCCACUUUCUGUAGUUUUGGACAUUUCUGAUGAAAGACGUCCUACAUCUCUAGAACUUUUUCCAGACUCUGCAUUUCAAUGACAAGUGGCAGAAAAUGCAGAACUUAAUAAGGACUACAAAUGUUCACAAAAUGUUGAAUGUUGCCGACCGCUUGCUUCUCUAGUUAUACCAACUUUAGUAACGACAAACCUCAACCAAAACGCCACUCUAUAGCCACAAAUAAUGCUCAGAAUAGCACCUAACUUCAUCAACAGGACAUAUAGGGUCACAGACAUAGUACUAGACACCAAACAUCUUUUUAACUUUGACUCAUUUCUUUAGCAAAGAGACUAAACACAACUCACCUACUCUCUUCCAGCAGCCGCUUGUUUGUAGCGAGACCUCAUGCCAGUCCAUUAAGGACUACAGCGGGGUGCCGCAGCUCAAGGAAGAACAUUUAUGAUCAUUUCCAUGAAGAAAUGAUCAUAAAUGUUCUUCCUUGAGCUGCGAUCGUUUACUAAAGUUGGUAUGACUAGAGAAGCAAGCAGUCGGCAACAUUCAUGUCUUGAGGGGGUGUCUAACUCGGUGUUACAGUGUGUACCUAAAUUAAUUUUACGCCGGAAUAUCCCUUUAAGAGGACCAGACUAUCAGGAAGACCAUUCAUAUGAUAAUCCCUAAAACAACAAACACCCACCAGGACCUUGUCAGCUUACUUAAAAAAAGCAAAUAUCAGCUGUCUGAUCAUGUCAAGAGGAAAUAUAACCGUAGAGGCUUCAGAUAAUUGGACUUUGCGGUAAAGCGAUUGUUUGGUGUUCGGUUGGUGUUUCUGCCUAGGUGUACCUAAUACUGUGGCAGGUAAGUGUAAAACAACAAACAUUUGCUAACUAUGCCUGCCAAUUUCAGCACGAAUUUCAGACUCUAAACGAAGCCCAUGCCUCACCCUUUUGGAUUUUAACACCCGAAUUUCUGGUCAAACUUCAGAAUCCGCAAACCAAACUGACAAAGUGCGCAGCAGCACAGACGUUAGCUUACUUUAGCUAACCUGCGUCAGUUCGCGCUCCGUCCAGCUCCGCGUUUACCAACCGAUAACGACUCAAAACGACACAUACAGAAUAAAUAACGACUAACCUGUCGUUCCUGGGAAAAUGUAAGUUAACUGUUGAAGUAUUUUCCUCCUUUCCUUGAAGGGCUGAGCUUUACCGGUCUAUCCGAUACUGACUUUGUGUGUGUGUGAGAGAGAGAGAGUACCUGCGUAUGUGCCAACGUCGACCCUUUGCGUCAUGGCGGCAGAACGAAUACGGGAGGGGCAACGAUAGGGACGCAAGCUAGCUCGAUUUUUCCGUGUUAGCAUUAAACUACCGAACUGCUACACCAUAGAUAUAUACCCGCGCAUGGCGGCCAUUUUGCUCGCCCGGGACGCUCGGCCACUCCUGACAUUCCAGUCUACGGUGUAUGUAACAUUUAAAUAACAAUAGAUUGAUUAAUUUAAACCGAUUUUCAAACGGUUUGGUUGGUAACAAACCUCAGAGUUUUAGUUAUGUUCCUGCAUACUAAAGAAUAAUCCUGUUAGCCAAGUUAGACAGCUGAUAAACACAAGCGCAUCCACAAAAACUGUCACUUAGACUAAAUAAAUUAAAUGAAAAAUAGGCUGUCAUACAAGAAACUAAAACCUCGAUUGUGGUCUUAGUCUUGACAACUCACGCAAAGCGACUCAAAGUUAGACCCCGUGCGUAAAUAGCUGUGAAACAACGGUGCCCUGCAAUAAAGACUUUAUUUUUUCUGAAAGAAAAUCUGCCAUUUCAAUAUGUCCAAGCAUCCUGACUCAUAGCCACAUUAUUAAGGUCUGUAAUAAACGAAACCAUUUGUAAAUCUAUCAAGAUUUCAGCAAGUUAAGAAUAUUUUUGAUCAUCCUGUCAGCUACCAUAGAGCGAACCAGAAUGGUAUACUGGAGUAAGAUGGCCGCUGUGUAGGGACACCGGUGAUUCCGCCUCGAGUCAUCCAGCCUUUCUUAUAAAUAUCUAUGUUUUACACAUACAACAUUCUACUUCACAUACAACAUGCUGGAAAAUAUUACGAUCUAACACCAGCUGCUCUGUUUGUAACCAACCUAACAAAAUAUCUUUCGUCCAUUUCUUAGUCAGAAAACUUUAUAAUUACAAGUCUGGAAGGUACUUCUGGCAGAGUUCAUGUAAUAGUAAACAAGGCUGACUUACCUGGGGCGUCCCUUUGUCUCCGGCCUCAGUUAUAAACCAUCAAGCUGCUUUCAGAUGCAAACACUUCUAAAAAAUAGUCCCAGCUUUAUACAGGAAGUUAACACAAGUGAACAAAAGAGAAUUUUACACAAAACACUCAUCUGCCCUUCCUUAACUUGAAACCAGGUGUUCAGAGCUGCAAGAACCAGUUCUCCAAAGACAAUCUCCCACUUUGAGGCUCAUAUGUGAACAGAAGUACCUGAAAAUAUCAGGGCCUGAAAGUUCUGACAUUAUCCAGAAAAUGUCAGGAGUUCAUGUGUGAAAGGGGUCAGUGAUAGUCACCCCUCUUUGAAAGACUGUUAACAAUCUGCUCCACAGGCCCGACUCAUCACCUCAGCCGACCUCGCAGUCAGUUAGCGAACAUCAGCCACCUCAGUGCAACCUGAAGGUACCUCCAGACACCUGCAGCAUCCAGGAUGAUGUUCUUCAGAAGAUAAAGUCAAGAUUAGAGAGGCGGCGGAGCAGACUGAUCGACAGGAUCCAGGCGGUCACGCAAAAAUCUGAUGGGACACUGUCAGAGAGUGAUGUCAGAAAGGUGAGUGGGUGUGAAAGUGUCUUCUCAACAACUUAAUGUCAUAUUUCCUGACUCUUUGAGUUAAAUACAGUUCCUAACAGCUGCAAAUGAAAAAGAAACUCACUGCAAAAAGACAAAUUAACUGCAUGUUGGGGCUGUAGUAAUAUACUGGUAUUGAUGAUGAACAUCUUAAUAAAAAAAGCAAAAUAAUAUUAAUAUCCUUUUAACAAUAAGUUCAUGAUAAUUCCAUGAGUUUUAAGUACUGGUCGUCCCAGGUGAAGAAGAAGUAGCAGCCUGCUAGUGAGCCAGCUGAAGCGUCCCUUUUAAAACGGAUUAUUUGUGAAUCUAAAAUCAAUAUUGGAGUUUGUGUCUUUUAUUACCUGAACAUUUAUACUUUCUGUUUGUUCUUUCAACUUCUGUCCGGUUCUCCAGUUCAGGAAAUUAAGCAACCGAAACCCAAGAUAAAAAAAAAUAUAUCAAGAUAAAGCAUGAUAAACAAUCAUUUAAUGAGCAGUGGUCACUGGACUGAUGAUAAUGUGAUUUAUCAAUAAGUUUAUGCUCCACUCUUGUCUUGACUCCCUCGUUUUGAUUGAUUGUGUUGUUUUAUUUUCAAGUUUUCCAUAAUUAUCACAAUAAUAUCGCAAUCCCAGAGAUGAUCUCACUUUAACUGUCUACUUUCACACCUGUAUGUUGUUUUUUAUUUAUUUUAAUUAUGUUUCUAGCUGUGUUUUUAUGCCCUGUAAAUUGUCCUUGGGUGCUCAGAAAGGCGCUUUUAAAUAAAAUGUAUUAUUAUUAUUAUCUUGAGGUGAAAAAAACUAGUGUAGUUACAGUCCAAGUGCACAUACAGCAAAACACUGAAAUUACACAAAAGCAGAAGGAAACUGCAGAUAAAAACACAAAGAUCCAUGUUGUUAUAUCAGUUUUGAAUUUGCAGCAGGUUUCCACUUUGGUGUUUGUUUCUGGAUUUUUGAAGAUGAAGCAGGGGAAGAUUGUUCAGGCUGUUGCAGAGAGUUUGACUUAUUGGCCACUGCAGAACCAUGUGUAGAAAAACAACAGAGGACCUAGGACAGGACCUUGAAGGACGCCAUGAGACAGGAGCCUGACUGAUAAAACAUGUUUCCCUGCAGUGACUUGUAUUUCCUCUCAGACGAAUAAGGGGGAAGCCCGUUUUAAACACUGAACUCCACAGGAUCAAAGUGCCCCUCUGUCUCUUUUCCUCCCUCAGAUUUUGGAGGACAGCUCGGUCAUCUUGGGUGAUAAAGAUUUCAGCGAGUUCGCGGACCUGCUGGGCUUCAGAGAUGGACGAAUCGAGAACUCGUCACUCCUGCAGAAAUACGAGGGUGAGACUGAAGAAAGGCAGCCAGAACAUCUUGACCAGCAGCGUCUCCAAUCCCAUCAGUUCUGCAUGACAGGGCUCUCAACGCUUAAAUAGAGAUUUCAGAAAUCCCUUCCUACUCCCAUCCAGGCUCCGACCCCCUUUCCACUACAUUUUCCUCUGCAGUCAGACUCGUACCCCACCCACGGCGAUCAAACAUAAACCCCCCACCUCCUGUAAAAUGAUGUCUCUCUUAGCGCAGGAUCCAUCGGAGAAAUCACCCCAGAUUAUAAAUAGAGGAAGAGGGAGCCUCUUCGUCUCUCAUUAGCAGACACAGACUCAGAGUCACACUCAUUUCUGCUUGUUUGGGCUAAUUAUGUGCUUUCGAAGCAGAAAACAGAGCAGCAGGGCAUCGCUCUAAUUUGUAAUUUCUUUUAAAAAAAAGACAGAAACACAAAGAAAAAAAAGAGGAUUCAUUAAACAAAGACGGGACGCAAAGUUAGUCAUGUUUGCAAGGCAUACAAAACGAGCGGAGCAGCUUCAGAAUACAGUGUGCUGCUAAUUAAAUGUAAAUCAGGUCAGCAGUUAAAUGCCCAGUGUGCUCGUCAGACAUGAAGGACAAAAAAAAACACACAAAAAAACACACAAAACUGAACAAAAACUCUAAUUUGUUGGGUUUAACUUCUUCACAGAGAAGUGGGAAUUAGAGAGCAGAGGUUAAUUAUGGGAUUAAUUAAAAGGCCAAAUAUGAAAGCUCUGGAUAUUUGACGUUUGUUUUUCUGCAGAGUUCACACACAGGCGCUCACGGCAGAGCGCCGAGGGUCACAGUGACGAGGAGGGGGUCGGGGUCGGACGCCUGCUGACCACGGCUGAGCGGUGUUUGGCUGCCAUGAAGACCAGGAUCAAGACCGUGCACGGGGUGAGAAAAACAUCUGCAAGAAAUCAGUUAAAGCAGCAGAUACAGACUGAAACUGUGAGUCAAAAGUUUUUAAAGUCGUCUGACUGAAGUAUCUUUCUGUUCGUCUCAGGAUAACCUGUCGGCGUUUCAUCUGAUGGACGGGAGGCGAAGAGGCGCGGUCGACCGCCAUGAUUUCAAAUCUCUGCACGACAGUCUGGGGUUUUUCUGCAGGGAGGACGAGUACGAGCGGCUGCUGGAUCUGAUGGGUCUCCAUCCUGGAGGAAACCUGAACUUCUCCGAGUUUGUGGAUGUCGUGGAAAAUAAAGGCAAACCCAAACAGCAGCCUCAAGCAGUGAGAGUGUGAGUGUGGCGUGUUUUUCACUCAUGUUUGACCACGUGGAGGAGAGCUCGUCCUGUGACGGUGACGGUCGGUGUCUCUGUCUCUCCUCACAGACAGCAGCAGCUCCAUGAACUCCUGUCCUCUGAGGCUCGACACAGAUGGACCGACAUGUCGAAGGUCAGGAGCGCUUACAGGAAGCACAGACGUUUGUGUGGCGUUAAGACCUGACCCGUUUGUCUCCUCCCAUCAGGUGCUGUGUCAGUGUGAUUCAGACGGUCAGGAGUGGAUCCAUAAAAACAGUUUGAGGAGACUUCUCUUCACUUACUCUCUUCCCCUCACAUCGGAGGAGUUCGACCAGAUCUGGCUGAGGUACAGCGCAGAAAAUCCUCUCUGCUGUCGGCUGAAACUCGCUUUAUUUUUAGCAGGAAACGCUCUUGAUUUUGCUUUUUGUUGCAGACUCUAAACUCUGAAAUUUAACCCAGAUUCAGUCACAGUAAAUUCUUUAAAAUUUUCCCUGAUUUUUGCCAAGUUAUCUAAAAACUGUAGACAUUUGCCCAUUUUUUGUCGGCCCUGAGUUUUAGUUUAAAACAAAAUUAAAAAGUUAAAGUCCACCGUACAUCUGGAAUCCUUCGAAUCGAGCAUCAUAAACGAGCUGUUUUGAUUUUACUCUGACAGGUAUGAUCCAAAGCUGCAGGGCCGUGUGGCGGUUUGUGACUUCCUGGAAAAGCUGGGGUUUCAUCACAAACGUGAACUCAGGAGGACUCAAAACCAGCAGGGGACCAGCAGAGUCCUCUGAGGACACCUCACAGGAGACUGAGGAGUAAGAGGAGAGGGAGCUGGUUUUUAGGAGGACAUUUGAUUUUAAAAUAGAUAAAUAUGAUUGAUUUAUGCUUUUAAUUUUAGACCGAUACACAAGAUUACAGAAGCAUUCACCAAAAAAAAAAAGAGCUGUUUUUCAGAGUAAUUUUUUUUCUUUCUGUUUUUCGGGCUUUUUUUGUUUGUUUUUCAGACUAAUUGCAUUUCCUCUUCUCUGGGAUCAUGAUCAUUUAAAAUCAGAUGCAGAUUCUUGCAGGAUUUUAAAGUAUCUUGUUUAGUCGGGGGGAAAAAAAUAGUCCAAAAAACAGAAGGACGAAAAAAAAAUAUUACGAAAAACAGAAAGAUGAAAAAAAAUAAGAAAAACAGAAUAUGAAAAAAAAAUACAAAUAAAGAAAGAAGAAAAAAACAGUACAAAAAUACAGAGAGACGAAAAAAAUAGAACAAAAAAAGAAAGAUGAAAAAAAAUUUAGAAAAACAGAAAAAAGAAAAAAAUUAGAAAAACAAAGAAGAAAAAAGUUAUAUGAAAAAAGACAACAAAAAAAUAGUACGAAAAACAGAAAGACAAAAAAAUUCUACGAAAGACAGAAUAAAAUUCUGAUUAACAGAAAGAGGGUAAAAAAACAUUUGUACAAAAAAACAGAUAAAAAAUGUAGUCAGAAAAACAGAAAAAAAACCCCUCAAAAAAACAGUUUCCUUUUUUUUUUUCCUUUUCUUUGUAGUGAAUACAAUAUGCUUUUGUAUAAGAUGGUUAAAAAUGUUAUGAAGUUAGUUUUUCCAGCAUUGGGGUUAAAAACGUCAGAAAAGCAAAAUGACAAAAUAGAAAUGAGUGCAUCCAUCAGCUCAGGCUUUUAGAGAGACUGGACAUAAAUAAAACUCACUGACGUCUGUGAGAAAUAAUAAUAAUAAUAAGUCAUGUGAUCAGACAGGCUGUGAAACAGACUCAGUGUGUACAUUUAAAUAUUUCCCACUGUGUGUUUGUUUCACUCUGAUAAAUGAGCCUCUCACCUCGGGGGGUUCAGAUAAACAAACAGUUCAGCCUGAUGAUAAAACAUUUGACUCCUGCUGUGAUUGUUAUUGAGCCAUUAUAGAAAAAUGUCUUUAUAAUACAGAUAUAUAUUUAACAACAGCCCGUUCAGACUCUCAGGGAAUAAAUGAAAAAACUAAAAAUAAAAGUUUGUUUGAACGUUUAAGAAGAGACAGCAGAAGUUUCCUCUUGGUCUCCUGCUCACAGGAAGAAGAACUUUGAGGCGUUUCAGGACCAGCUGGCUCACCUGGACAUAAAGAGAGACGGCACCGUGAAGGUGGAGGAGCUGCUGAGUCUGUUAAACACCUACACCUGCUGCGUCAAGAGGGAUCAGCCCCUAAAUCACCCGAACAGGUAAACCCAAACUCUCUGUAGAGGUCUAUCCAUGAGAGCAGAGGGUGUCGAACAGUUACCUCCAAAAAUGUAAAGUCUGCUUUGUAGUAAACUCUACGGUGGCCGACCAGGGCCAACAGUCGAUAGGAACACAGAAAACCGCGAACACAGGGGUGCUCUGGUAACUUCAUUUCUGCUCAUCUUUGGUGAUUAAAGGGAUAUUCCAGCGUAAAAAUAAAUUCAGGGUCAUGUCUGUGACCCUAUAUGUCCUGUUGAUGAAGUUAGGUGAUGUUCUGAGCAUUAUUUGUGGCUAUAGAGUGGCGUUUUGGUUGAGGGCGUGGCUCUCUGUAUUACUAUCCUGCGGUCGUUACUAAAGUUGGUAUAACUAGAGAAGAAAGCGGUCGACAACAUUCAUCUCUGGAGGGGGGGUCUAACUUGGUGUUACGGUGGGUUUGACCCUUAAUUAAUUUUACGCCGGAAUAUCCCUUUAAGACCAGAAAAGAAAUCUUAAAGUCAGAUUUGAGAACGAAAUGAUGGAUUUGAGUUUAUGUGCGAGGAUCUUUUUUUUUGGACAAAACAUCAAAAAUGAUCAUAAAAAGUCGUCAGUCUUGUCUCGUUUUCAUGGAUGAUGACCAUGAGAGGGUUUUUCUUUCCACAGAGACGAAUCAGAGAAGAAGAGUGAGCGUCCUCCUGUCACCCCUGAUGCUCUGCGUCACGUCGAGUUUUUGGGCGAUCUCAGUCCUGGAGCAGCUCUGGCUCGGAUGAAAGAUCUGGUCUCUGCCUCGGCGUCUGAUCUGUUUAAGGUGAAGCUCUACGACUCGUGCGUCGUUUCUCUCCGUCUUCAGUUUCUCUCAUCGCCUCCUCCUCCUCCUCCUCCAGGCGUUCUCGGCCUUCGACCAGAGCAGAUCGGGGUCGCUCUCAGCUCUGCGGUUUCGUCAGGUGUUGGAGAAUUUCUGCGCUCGUCUGUCGGACAAACAGUACCGGUACAUGCUGAGCAAAGUGGAGCUGGACCGUGAGAGCUGCACUGUGAACUGGAGGGACUUCCUGAACAAGUUUCAGAAGGUAUGAAAUUAAACGCACCAGAUUCGACCGCUUUAGCAUGAUCUGAAUUUUGUUUGUCUUUUUUGUAGAUUCCUGCAGAGAGAAGUCAGAGCGAGAGUAAAACCAGAUCCCCUCUCCCGGCCACUUCAGACUCCAGCAUCCUGCAGCUUCAGGAGGUCACCCCAGACCACCUGCAUGAAGAUCUCCUGGAUCAGGACUCCUCUGACGACCAGGUGGAGCUUGAAAAUGAGUUUACUUCUGCUGAUAUUCAGGAGAAUUAAAUCUGAGAGAAUUCAAAGAAAACAAGCACGUUUCCAGCAGCUCUCCUUGUGCUUUCAAGCUGAAACAACCGACGCUGGCAUCAGUUCAUGCUUACAAAUGAGGAGAGGAAAUUUGGGUACAUUUGCCAGCUCCAUUCUCCUUAGUCGGAUAUGUUUUCUUUAAUUAUUCUAAUCAAAAUCUAAUUUAUCUUUGCUGAUAAUUACUGACUGCGUGAGACAGUUACUCAUCUGAAAAGCUCAUUUAGGUGCCGUGUUUCACUCUCUUUGUGGGCGUUUAUUCAGCGUGUUUUUCUUUUCCCCAGUUUGAGUGUUUGUGGAGCCGAAUGCCUUUAAAUGAGCAGAAGAAACUGCAGUACGGAGAGUUUCACAAAGGUUUCGGUGCUCACGGCGCGCCCCCCUGCAAAGGAGGAGAGGGUCCCGGCAUCAACAACCUCCCCCAUGAGUCCGGAGGGUCGGUCUCUGCAGGAGCCGGUCUGCAGCGAGCUCAGGUACAAACAGGAGGACAGACCUUAGGGUUACUUCAGCAUUAGUGCAGGUUUCUGCUGAAUGCUAAUCUACGAUGCAUGAAGACACCAGCUGCUUUGUAAACCCGGACAUGCUCAGAGUCCGCUCUAAGAAGUCUGGGAAAAAGAGACGGGCCGUUUCGCUGCAGAGGCAGGAAUCAAACUUCGCUGAGAAAAGACUGGCAAAUAAAAAAGAACAAUUUAAUUUGAGAAAACUAAAUUCAAUUUCCUGCCCGACAAACUCGUGAAAAACGACUCUGCUGAGAUCCACAAGAGCUCACGAUUAUUGCUCCAACUCAGUCGUCCUUUUUUUCACUUCGCCUGGACUUGGAAACCAAAUCAGUUCAGUUGAAACGCUUCACUGGAAAAAAAGAGAGAGUGCAAUAAAAACUAGGAAUUAAUAAACUGUCACUUCAUGGAUGAUUUCUAUUUACACAUAAAUAUACUCAGAGGUUUAGGUCGUCAGCGUUAGAAGUGGUCUGAUUUUUCUCCAAGAUGAAGUAGAAGAAGAAAGUCAGCUGAGUUUGGCGUGAACAGAAGAAAAAAGUCUGUAUGGAGAGUAAAAGCAGGAGGAAAGUAAAUUUAUCUUUACAGGCAGAAAACUAAAGGCAGCGUUUGAAUCUCCUGACUCCCUUGAAUGCAUCAGAGAUGAUGGAACCGACUGUCGCUCAAACUAAACCGACUUUCCUUGAAUGUGAUUUGAGUAAACCGACAACCAAUCACAGCGUGACCCUUAAUCAGAGAGUAACGGCUCAUUUACGCUCGCCAUACGUGUAAAAAUGUACGCGUCUGUUUCAAACGAUGGUUCCGUCACUGCCCACAUACUUAUAUAUGUCCUUUACGUUGGCAUGGAUGUUCACUGUUACAUCCACCAGGGGGCAGGCCGGAGUCAACAAACAAAAAGAAACAUGGCGACUGUGGAGGAGCGAGUGAUGUUGUGGCCAUUUCAUUUAAUAAAAAAAAAAACACUGUUUAUGAUUUACAUCCUUUUUGUUUGGUUGGAUCUCAGCUGAUUUAAUUAUUGGUUGGUAUUUCUGACGUUACCAUUGUAGUCACAUGAUUAUGGUCACGCGUCACGGCUGGUGGUGUCAGUCUGCUCUUUGAAUUUAAUUUUGAUUUCAAGAAGCUUUUGCGGACAUUUAAAUUUCUUUUUUGGAAUAAAUCUGUUUUUUUGGAGUCCAUGCGAACACCACAAGCCGUUCAUUGCUACGACAAGUGAUAAUGUUAAUUUAGCAUCGGAGACAGAAACGGAGACAGCGUUGGAGGAGGCGGUGGUCGGUCAGGCCACUAAAUGCCUCGCGGUUUGGAGGACGGAGAAUUCUUUUCCUCAAAAAGCCCCGCCAUAGUCUUCAUCGUUUCUCUCUAGAAAAGUGUAUUCGGCGGUGACAGCAGCAACACUGCCCCUACAGUUCCUGGUGGUACUGCUCCGGGCCGUAUUUGUAAAUAUGUGCAAAAAUACGGACAAAAAGCUCCGUCUGGAUCCAGAUCCGUAUGUGACGUUGAGCAUAAAUGAACCUUUACACUUCUUUGAGAUUUUUCCAGUAUUUAGCGGUGCAGGUCGGCUGUAAAACAUGUCCGAUCUUGUUAAAACUGUCUAUAUGAUCCUAUUUGGUGUUUGUUUUUGUGCGUUUUCUUAUUUUCUUUAUUUUGAACUCAGAGGAGGAAAGUUUGCAGACUUUGUUAAAGUUGUUCAAAAUGUGCAGAACAGAUUGACUGAAGUUUAUAGUUCAAGCAAAAAUAACAAAGACCUCUAAAAAGGAAGAGGAUCCUCGUUUAAUGUUAUUAAUUAUUGAAAAAGUUUGAACAAAGAAUAUUAAAAGUGUGUUUGUAUGACGUCCACAUGAGGCUAAAGACAGAGCAGAAACCUCAGAGAUAACCUGAUUGUCUAAUAAAGUCCACAGAGCAGCAAAUGUGAGAGUUUACACCGAGUUAAAUAAAUGAAAGGAAAAAAAAACUCUUAUUGUGCGCCAACGUUUGAAAACAAACACAAAAAUUAACCGAGCGGAGAAUUGACUUUCUCCGGCUCUGAUUUAAUCCUUUUAGUGUGAGAAGAGCAGCAGCUUCAGUCCUGAAAUAGAAGAAAAGAAACUGAGGAGUAAAAACACUCGGACUUUAGACUUCGAGGUCUUUGAGCGCGGCGUUAGAAACACGCACGCUCCAAAGUCGUUUUUCAGCUCCUCUCCGUCCUCCUCCAGUCUGCCCCGCGGUCCUCCUCCAGGCGUCCUGCCACAGCGGGGAGGCCGGGAACAGGAAGCCCGCCGGGGAGCGUGGAGAGGAGUCUUGGAGGGGCGGUGCAGCGCUGCUGGAAGGAGAUCCAGAGGAGCUGCAGAGAGGAGGACUCUGGAGGAGGAGGACUCAUCAGCACCUCCAUUUUCCUGAGUGAGCAGAACACCGCAGACCCUCUCCCUGCUAAAACGCUCAUGCUAAUGAUGAGUGUGUGUGUUUCAGGGAUCCUGCGCUCUCUCAGCGUCGGCGUGACUCAGCAGCAGUUUGAACAGCUGGCUCUGAAGUUUGACUUCAUGAGUAACGGCCUCGUUUCAUAUCAGGACUUCCUGCGCCACUUUCUGCUGAACCUGAAACCAGCAGAGACCAGGACGGCGUUCAGACGGAGGAGACUCCCUCUACCCACACAGGUAAACUGACCUCCUCCGAUUCAUCCUCAGAGACCGGGUUCUGUUCAGGUCUCCUCCGACACCAGAAGAGUCCAGUUUGGCUUUUAAAGUCACACUUGAAAAAUACAUGAAGCUCCUUUUGUGCGCAGACUCUGGUCACAGUUGGAGCCGAGCGUGAAAUCAGGACUCGGGUUUGUUCUUUCAGCUCCAGGUUCUCAUGCUGAGCUGCAGAUUAGCACGUCUCCAACGAGUCCCCCUCUCCUCCUCUUUAAGGUUUGAUCUAUUGUAGUUUUAUUGGCUCCCAGUUCACAUUGGUUUACAGUUAAGUGGAGGGCUGGUGUAUCUGGAAUAUGAGGAGGAGGUGAUGGGCGACGGCGGGUUUCCAGACUGUGUAAACUCAGCGGGGACCUCCCACCCUCAGGCUCUCGACUAUCGCCUCCCAUGACAGGCGGAAUGGGCGAGUUUGCUGGUUAGCUUUUUCGUUUUGGCAGGAAAAGGUGUAUAUGAAGCUUUGAACAAUGACACACGGGUGGGCACGCUCUAAAAAAAAACCCCCCGCUGAGUGACUAAGCCGAGCCCCAAGCUUCAGUGGAGCGUGUGGGUGAGGGCCUAAUCUGCCAACCAAGAGCUGCAACCUUCCAAACCAACUUUUGGAUUCACAAAGACCUGCAUUGUCUCGAGCGGACCAACCAUCUGGGUAGAUUUUGCGGAGACCCCCUGCACGGAUCGGACUGGAUGGAGUGUUUCUGGACGAGUUUAAAGACGAAACCUCUUCGUGAGAAACAAAAAGCUCUGUGUUUGGAGUCUCCGCUCAUAAAACAUCUCCAUCGUUUCCUCUUUACCUAAACUGGACAGAGUUUCCUGAGGCCUGCGGCUCAUUUCUACGUCGAUGACUCUGUCCGUUACUGUUCGGCACCUUCUGCCGCUCAAGCUCGUGCAAAUCCGAAAUGCCGAUAAAACAGAUCUGACAGUUUUACAUUUAAAGAACUAAAGCAGCUUUUAGUGAGUUUAUGAUUGUUAAUGUCUUAGUUUCAGCUUCACUCUGGACUCUUCAGUCCACACACAGAGAGCAGCAGUUUGAGAGGAAAACACCGACAAGUUUUAAUCACGUUUAAAAUCGGAUUUACGUCGCUGCGAAUAAAGGUUACUGUUUUUAAACGUGGGUUAGCGUGACCUGCGCACUUCCUGCAGCUGUGAACCCUGCGCUCCUGUGGUUGGAUUUAAAGAAACAGUAAGUGAGGAACACAUGACGGGUUUGGAUAUCUGCUGAUCCGCCUCAAAUGUUUGGUCUCGUCAUCAUCUUGUAGGGCUGAACGAGUAAACAACUUUAAUCUUAAUCAGAUUAUUUGAUUAUGACGAUGUUAAAAAUAUCCUCCAGGCCACCGUAGGCUUCCUAGUUCCCACACACAUCAGUGUAAACAAACAUGGCGUUCGCAAAAGAAGGCGAUAAUUUCGUGGUUAAAUCGGACAAGAGCGAGUCAGUCGUGUUGAAUUGGUACGACUUCACAGUUUCAGAUGAAGAGUAAACCACUCCCCGCUGUAAAGUCUGUCUGAAGGCGGUAUCAACCCGUCACCACGGAAACGAAUUCAGGAGGAAACGCUAAAGUUUUUUGUCGUAUCGGCGUUUCAGGUGACUGUAAACGGUACUUUUUGAAAACGGGUCAGAGAGUGAAUAAAUCUGUAAACGACGACCAUUUCAUCUCCGUGUGGAUGUCUAUCUGCAUCUCUGGAAACGAUCAUGUGACACACAGAGGAACUCUUUUAUGGCGCCAAAACAACCUUUAUACACAUGCUCUGUACUCUUCUUCAGCGUUACAGCGCCACUUACUGGCUUGGCAUAUGAACUACAUCGUUUUCACAGAGGUGAUAGAAAAACGUAUUUUUAUAAUGAGGUUUGGUGAAGUUGUCACUGAAUCAAAAAUAAAAAAUCGAGUUUCCUGAGAAAAAAAAAUCAGGAUUUUGUUUUUGGUUAAACUCGUUCGGCCCGAUCGUCUUGUUAACAAAAAUAAAUAUCUGUCACAGUUUUUAUCAUAAGUGAUAACAUAAAGGAUGUGCUGCAACUUCACCCCCUUGAACUACCUACAAAAGGAUUUGUGGUCUGCCUCAAGUGGACACUUGAGGAACUGCAGUCGUUACUCUUCUGCUCCAGCUUCAUUUCUCAACACUGAAACAUUUUUAACACGAUCAAAGUUUUAAUGCAGGUUAAUCAUUUCAUAAACAAAUAUUCCCACAAAGAACUCGGACCCUCUGGCGCCCUCUGCUGGUUCAUUUAUGAUCACAGGUAUAAAAUCAGCUGUUUUUUUCCCCCUUUAAUCGUCUCAUAUUUCACCUGGUCUGUUUCAGAUAAGUCAGGGUGUCCUGAGCAGAUCCUGCGUGGACGUCAUGCUCAGGAUCUACGAUGUGGUCCGCCCCUCCUGGACCUCCAUCAGACGCCGCUUCCUGACAUCUGACCGCGCCCGCACAGGAAGCGUCUCCAUGCGGGACUUCAGGAAGGUGAGUCGAUCUGCAACACGGCGCCCCCGCAGAGCUCCACCUGCUCCGCCGCGCCUGAGCGCUGUCCGACCCUCGGAGAUAAACGGCGUCUCUGUGAAUUAUUGAUGCGAAUGUUUGAGUUUCGCUCGUGUCUCUUCCAUCAAAACGUCUGAAUGACUGAAAAUCCAUGAAGCUGCAGCCUCACACACACACACACACACACACCUGACAGCCAAUCAGUAAUUUUAAUUGUUCAAUUAAGCUGAAGGUUGAAACAAGACCAGGCCGACACUUUGGCCCAGGAGAGCAGCAGCUGACACUCCUGCUUUAUUGUUCCAGCUGCAGGAUUGACUGACGACGGCGCUCGCCGACUUAAUCGAUAGGAACAAUUAGCAGCCCGGUUAGGGAUGACAUCUCCUGAGCUCUCACCGAACACACGAGGACACACACUCCAGCAUGCACACACACACACACACACAGAUCUGUGCUAUCACCCUGCAGGUGCUGCAUCACUUCGGCGUGGAUCUGUCGGAGGAGGAGUUCUUCCACCUCAGCUCUUAUUUCGACGCCGACGCCACAGGAAAGAUCUGCUACAACAACUUCCUGUGGACUUUUCUGCGCUGA